AUGGACUUCUACGGAGACAGCGCGCACAGGAUCAUGGGCCUAGCCGAUACCAUAAUCUCCCUGGACGGUGGCAGAGUGCAAGAAGUAGGCAGCCCCAUGGACCUAAUGCAAGGUGAAGGCUACGUCAGCAAGCUUGGGCUCAUGCUGUUCUCUAACGAAGAUGUUGCCGAUGAUCCCGCAUGCUCUGUUGAGCCCGAGGUUUCUGAGAAACACCAGGGAGAAACAUCUGAAAUGGAGAAUCCUAGAGAACAGAAGCACACGGAUGUCAGACGGAAGAACGGCGAGAAGGCAAUUUACCUUUACUACUUGAAAAGUGCAGGCUGGAAGGCUAUUGUCAUGUACACGGCAGCUGUCACGUCAUGGUCUUUCUUUUCGGAAUUCUCUACCGGCGUUACAAUACUUGCUAAGGUUAUCAUCCUGGUCGUAUUAUCCCAGUAUCUUGGAGCUACCCUACCAUUCCUCUGCGCCAUCCUCUACUUUCUGCAACGCUUCUAUCUCCAGACAUCGCGGCAAGUCCGUCUCCUCGGUAUUGAGGCGAAAGCACCUCUUUACACCCACUUUUCCGAGUCGGUGGCUGGAGUUGCUACGAUUCGGGCCUUUAGGUGGCAGGAACAGUACCAAGAGCGCAAUUACGAGCAUGUUGAUGAAUCGCAGAGACCCAGCUACACCCAGGGCUGUAUUCAGGCGUGGCUCACGUUUGUUCUUAACCUGAUCGUAGCCGUCCUAGUAGUGAUUCUGGUUGUUAUUGUCGUAACGUGGCACCACAAGUUUAGCGCUGGAAGCGUCGGUGUCAGCCUCGUUAUGAUCAUUGGCUUCAGCGAGGUGUUGGCUCGUCUCAUUCAAAGCUGGACAAAGCUGGAGUCCAGCAUCGGUGCGGUCGCUAGAGUGAGACGAUUCGUAUCGGACACUGAAACUGAGUCGGCGGCUGAAAGAUGGACACCGCCAGUGAACUGGCCGCAAACCGGAGCUGUGACGUUUUCGGACGUUGUGGCGUCUUAUGGGUCUGACGCUUCACCUGUUCUCAAGAAACUAUCGCUGGCUAUCGGAGGCGGCCAGCAUGUAGCGAUUUGCGGCCGGUCUGGAAGUGGCAAAACCUCCUUGAUCAUGACUUUGCUGCAAAUGACAGACAUGAAAGAAGGGAGGAUCGACAUUGACGGGGUUAAUGUCUCGACCUUACUGCAAUCCGAGCUCUGCGCAUCCAUCAACGUCAUUCCCCAGGAUCCAUUCUUCAUGCCUGGGACCAUUCGCUUCAACCUCAACCCUUACGGAAAUAGUCUAGAUGACGACAGGCUCGUUGAAGUACUUGGAAGAGUUGGCGUUUGGUCACUCGUGCAAGACCAGGGUGGAUUGGACGCAGAAAUGAACGUCAACGCAUGGUCAGCUGGCCAGAAGCAACUUCUCUGCUUGGCCAGAGCCAUGCUACGACAAUCAAAAGUUUUGAUAUUGGAUGAGGCAAUGAGCAGUGUGGACAGUGAGACAGAGGCAAUAAUGCAGGAUAUCGUUGAUUCUGACUUCAGAGACUGCACAGUUCUUGCCGUAAUGCACAGGCUCAAGCACGUCACCCACUACGGUAAGGUUGCCCUGUUGGGAGAUGGAAAACUUCUCGAGUUUGAUACCCCGGAAUCUCUCAUUUCUGGAGAGACACAGUUCGCCGAGAUGUUCAAGAUGAAAGCAAACUAA